AUGGACGAGGAAGGUAACUCAUCUAUUGUGGUACACCGAGGCACAAUAGCAUCUGGGGAGUUAGUGAUAAAGGAUGCUGAGAUGAGGGAUAAUUUAGCGCGGGAGCAUGGGGUGCUAUGCUUCGAAAUGGAGGCAGCAGGUGCCCUUGCCGAUUUCCCUUGUAUGGUGGUUCGAGGAAUCUCCGACUAUUGUGACUCGCAUAAAAGCGACCAGUGGCAUGGGUACGCAUCGGCGGUAGCAGCCGCAUAUGCACGGCAGCUAUUCUUCCACAUGUCCAUUGAAGAGGUGCAACGGAAUUCAAAUCCGACGCCUACUACUUUCGAGCUCCCGCUCCAUCUGUCUGAAAUAUCCGAAGUGACCCGGUUAGUCGCACGGGAAGAUCAGCUUCAGAGGAUACAAGAGAUCCUCGACACAACUGUUGGACGCCGUACUGCUGUGGUGCAUGGGUUAGGUGGCAUUGGUAAGACGCAGCUAGCGAUCGCAUAUAUCAGACGAAAUCGGUCUAAUUAUUCGGCGACUAUGUGGCUCAAUGCAAGAGAUGAAACAGCGCUGAAGCAAAGCUUUGCUCGCGCAGCUGAGUGGAUUAUACGCCACCACCCGUCUAUUACAUAUAUUUCGGGUGCCUUGGACGGCCGAGACCUGAAUGAGACGGUGAAAGCAGUCAAACUAUGGUUAGACGAGCCGAUGAACUAUCGCUGGUUGGUCGUCUAUUAUACUUACGAUAAUCCUUUUUCAUCAAAUCAUGAUUUUUCCGUCAGACGAAAAGCAAGUUAG